CUCAUCCAAAUAUUUGAACAGAACAAAUAGAUUAUACCCAAAACGAAAGUUUCUGACGAUUCGAUUGGAAAGAACAAGACUUGCUCUUACUGUAUUCUCUCAUGGUAGUGGAUCCUUCUUUUCCUCAACCAUCCAAAAGAAGAAGAAUCAACCACUUUUAUUCCAUGGCAACAAUUAGAGAGAUGAGUGAAAGAUUUGGACGAGAGAUUCGUGUUUUUGAAACAUUUUCACUUUCUCCAACACAAAAUGAUGCAGCAAACAAAGAAGAGGAGACCGACGAGUUCUACGAGUUCACUGCUGCAGAUUAUUACAAACUCUUGGGUACUAAAAAAGAAGAUAAAUAUCUAAAGACUCGAAAACUCCGAGAAGCAGAUGAGGCAGCUCGCAGGUCAAAAAUAACAAAGGCUGUGAUUAGAGUUCGCUUCCCGGAUAAUCAUACAUUGGAAGCUACCUUUCAUCCCUCAGAAACCAUCCAAAGUUUAAUCGAUCUCCUCAACAAAGUGAUUGCACAACCAGAGAAGCCCUUUUAUUUAUAUACUACUCCACCGAAGAAGCUGAUCAAAGACUUUUCUCAGGAUUUCUAUACUGUCGGAUUUUGUCCUGGUGCCAUUGUGUACUUUUCGUAUGAUGUUUCAAAAGGAAAUAGCAGCGAAGACGGCCCUUACCUACUAGAAGAAGUGAUGUCUUUGAAAGGUGCUAUAGAUCAAGGUGAGCCGUCAGAGCCAUUACAGUCUGAACCGGUGUCUGCUGAGCCUGUUGCACAAGCUCCUGCCGUUGAAGAACGAAAACCGGCCGAGAAAAAGAUUGUUAAGCCAAAGUGGUUGAAAAUGUGAUAACCAAUUUGCCCAACAGAGGAGUUAAGUGGAGGGAACUUUCCUUGUUCUGUGCAUGUAUGUAUGUUCAAAGUUAUCCAUUUUGGUGAUUUGAAUUUCAUAGCAAAUGUUAAUUGGAUUAUGGAUCUUGUUGUAUCAUGCUAAAUCUAAAAGAUUGCACCAAAGUUUAGUUC